CUAUAAAGACAACUCCCUCUAUCUCUCUUGCAUAUCUGCACAAACAUUUGCAGAGGGCGUAAGAGAACUUUGCAUAAGUGGUGAAUUUGCCAAUAGUGUUUUAUUUCUUUAGAAUCUUCUGCAUUUGGUCCUUUUGAACAUUUCUUGGUGAUUUCUUGGAGAGUCUUGCAUCAAGAAGAAGCUUUACUACCAUGUCUGAUACCAGUAAAGAACGUUCUCUUGAGGAGACGCCUACGUGGGCUGUUGCUGUGGUGUGCCUUGUGAUGAUUGUUAUUUCAAUCUUCAUUGAGCAUGUGAUUCAUUUGAUAGAAAAGUGGUUUAAGAAAAUACAUAAGCCAGCUCUUGUGGAAGCUCUUGAAAAGAUUAAAGCUGAGCUGAUGCUUAUGGGAUUUAUAUCUUUGCUUCUAACUGCUCUACAAAGUCCUAUCUCCAAUAUUUGCAUUUCAGAGAGUGUUGCAUCCACCUGGCAUCCUUGCAACAAGAAACAGGAAGAGAGCAAGACAGUAACAGAUAAAUGUGCAGAAAGGGGUAAAGCUGCCUUUGUAUCAGCAUAUGGAAUUGACCAGCUCCACUAUUUCAUCUUUGUACUAGCAGUUGUUCAUGUGCUGUACUGCAUACUUACCUAUAUUUUGGGCAGAACCAAGAUGAGAAAGUGGAAGGCAUGGGAGAAAGAGACAAAGACAAUUGAGUAUCAAUACCAUAAUGAUCCAGAGAGGUUUAGGUUUGCAAGGGAUACAUCAUUUGGACGAAGACAUAUGACGUUAUGGAGUCGGUCAACAGUUUUCCUUUGGAUUGUUUGUUUCUUUAGACAAUUCUUUGGAUCAGUCACCAAAACAGAUUACCUGACACUGAGACAUGGAUUUAUCAUGGCACAUUUGGCCCCUGGAAGUGAAACAAGAUUUGAUUUCCAAAAAUACAUCAACAGAUCACUUGAAGAUGACUUUAAAGUUGUGGUAGGGAUCAGUCCAGUUAUAUGGUUUAUUGCAUGCUUGAUGCUGCUGACCAGCACACAUGGCUGGUAUGCUUAUCUAUGGUUACCAUUUGUCCCCUUAGUUAUAAUUCUGGUGGUGGGGGCUAAGCUCCAAGUGAUCAUAACUCAAAUGGCACUAAGGAUUCAAGAGAGAGGAGAUGUAGUUAAGGGUGCUCCUGUGGUUCAACCAGGCGAUGACCUCUUCUGGUUUGGACGUCCACGCUUCAUCCUCUUCCUCAUUCACUUAGUUCUCUUUCAGAAUGCAUUUCAGCUGGCUUUCUUCGCCUGGAGCAUGUGGAAAAUUGGACCUGACUCUUGCUACCAUGAUCGCACUGAAGAUAUUGUAAUCAAACUUACAAUGGGGAUCAUCAUACAGGUUGUAUGCAGUUAUGUGACACUGCCUCUGUAUGCUCUAGUGACACAGAUGGGAUCUAGCAUGAGACCAACAGUCUUUAAUGACCGAGUAGCAGCAGCACUCAAGAGCUGGCACCAUGCUGCCAAAAAACAUGCUAAACACAGCAAACAUUCUGAGUCUCAAACACCAAUGUCAAGCAGACCAGCAACUCCCACACAUCGCAUGUCGCCUGUCCAUCUCUUGCAUAACUACCGUAGCAGCACUGCUCCUGACAGCUUGCAGGCUUCUCCAAGAAACUAUAACCACGACAUAGAUAAUUGGGACCCUGAAGCAGCAAAUUCUGUACACAACCAGGAGGCUGAUGAGCCUGAACACAUUGAAAAUCCUGAUGUUAGGGAUCAUAACAUAGAAAUUGAAGAGCCAAACUCAAACUCAACAAUGCAAUUGCCUCCAGCACCAGGUUCCAUUCGUACCCAACAUGAAAUUGGUGUCAGCUUGCGAGAGUUCACAUUCAGGAAUUGAUAAAGCACGUGGAAAUAAGAUUUUUUCACAGGCUAAAUCUUGUUAAUUCCAUGUGUACAUUUCUUGUACAUGAGAAUACAUAAGAGCCUGCCUGCUCACGGCUAAGCAGCAAAGGCUUGGAUGGUUGUUAUUUCUUUCUUUUUCUGUUUACAGGGAGGUUGGUUACUGCCAAGCAACUGAUUAAACCUACCUGAGAUAGAUCACAGCAUGGGAUUGCUGAUACUGGGAUUUUUUUUUUUUUAGCUUUUUUUUUUUUAGGCAGUAUGUUGUAUUUAUUGUACUGUAAGCACUUCUUUUAAUUUUUUUUUUUAAAUAAAAUUCUUUCAAGAAUAGGAAGUUCACAGCUUUAUGCUUAUGUAUGCUUUUUUAGGAUUCAAUAUAUCUGGACUUGUGUUA